UCCACUGCGUCACCUGACACCGUCCUUGCCCGCCCGUGCCCUUGCUGAUAUUUUGCAAUACGGCCGUGGCUGUUUUGCCAUCUAAACUCUCGUGUUUAACUCCAACACUACACCAUGGGUGGUGUUUCCCUACCUCGGGAGUUCGGCUACGUCAUCCUGACUGUGCUUGGGUCAUGGGGAACGCUCAUGUACCUGGCGGUCAAUGUCAGCAAGGCCAGGAAGAAGUACAACGUCAUGCCUCCGAUCCUGUACAGUGACACAGAGAUGGUCUACAACUGUAUUCAGAGGGCCCACCAGAAUGCACUUGAGAGUUACCCAUCGUUCCUGGUUCUCCUACUGCUGGCAGGACUCAAGUACCCGAAAGGAGCUUCUGCAGCAGGUGCCGUCUGGUGCAUGGGGAGGAUCCAUUAUGCACACGGCUACUAUACUGGGGAACCAGACAAGCGGCGUCAGGGAGCGUACUUCCACCUGAGCGAGCUGGUGCUGAUUGGCAUGUGCCUGGGGCAUGCUGGGAGCCUGCUAGGGUGGGGCGGGCGUGGCUGGGGCCGCUGGGGAUGGAGGUUUUUUUGGCGUUGAUUGGACGACAGGUUCCCAUGGCAACAGUUUCCUUAGCAAACAUUGAGUCCUUCUGUACCAGACAUGCUUGAACAGUCACUUCUAAUUCCUGUAUUGUUGCUGGAUAAAAAACUGUGUUGCAGUGUUGAUGUUGUAGGUUGCACUGAUCAAAGUUGAAGAUGACCAGUUAACUGUAGGCUCCUUGUGCAGCCAACAAUUUUGCUGUACAUAUCACAAAUAAUGAGUAAUAAGGUCUGUUUCAUUGUUUUGAUGAUUCACAUGUACAUGUAAUUUGUAUGAUAAGGUAGCCAUUCACUAAGUGACUUGUCAGCACCAAGUAGUAAAGAUUCGGA